AGCAGUUUUUUAAACGUUUCCAAACAAUCGAUUUUCUUGAAAGCAGUUAAAAUGUAGGAUCGAAGAGUAAAAAUUCAAAAUGACAUUUGUCUGCUUUGAAUUAAUUGUUUUACAUGUGUCCUCGUCAUUGAAGAACGACCAACUCUAAUCCGACAUCUGUAAAGACUGUAAUGUUCUAAUAAUAAACAUUAAUAAAACGUUGUAAAUAUGCUUGACUAAGUGUAAAUCGAUAAUCGAUCGGAGGGAUUCGAAAAAGUUCGUUACUCCACCCGUUCAACCUGUGAAGUGGGAAGUGGUAAGUUCAGUUCGGCCGUUGCGAACCGAGCGAAUGUCUGAUCCUGUCUUGGGCUGGAGCCGCUUUUUCUGUUUUUCCUUUUCGGAUCCAUAAUCCCUUUUGAGCCUCAUUCUCCGAUAAAGUCUUCACUAUGGAUUUCUCUGAUAGGCUAAUUGCUCGUUCAGAGCUGAAAAGGGCAGAACUGAAAAAACAUAUGGAAGAAGAAUUGACAGACUCUGAAAAUGAUCAGUUUAAAGCCGUGAUUUCAACAAGACAUGAGAUUGUCGUGAAAAGGAACAAAAAACAAACUGAGGAGGAUAAGGAAAAUUCUACAUCCAAUGGAGGACACUUAAGUAAAGUGACAAAUGAAAGGUUGCAGAAACUCAGCUCACUUUAUUCUGAUCAAUCUCCAGGACCAUCCUCACCCAUCCACAAACCUCAUGUACGAUUUUCACCUUCCCAUGAGGAAAGCUGCAGCGAUGGAAAGCCCCGCGGUAAGGAUCGUUUAGCAGAAGCAAGAGCACAGAGGCUUGCUGCCCUCGCCAAAGUGAUCAACAAUUGGGAAGACCAGUCAGACAAAAAAGUCAAUUUUAAGAUAAAAGAUCCGGAAACAAAAACCAUACCUGUCCUGAAAGAUGCUCAACCAUUACAAUCCCAAAAAUUUUUGAGGCCAUCGGUGGAUAAGACAUGUAAUAAUUAUUUAAAAACAUCCCCAUCAAAAAGCCCUUUGCCUCAGAAAAACGUGGGUUGGGACAAUAAAAUCAUUCAAUCUUUGGAAGCCCAAGGCUACCAACGAUGUGAUUCACAACAGCAUUUAAUAUACGAUUAUAAAUCUCCACAUACAAGCCCGGUAAAAUGUAGCACUAACGAAAGAAAUACAAAACACCAAACUCCAGAAGUAACGACUUCACCAGUUAAAGAGAAAAGCCCUCCGAAAAGAUUUAUAUCUCCAAAAAAGAAUGGCCCUGCAGUCAUGGAACUAGCAGCCAAAUAUUCAACUUCUCCCAAUAAAACUGUUAAAGACCCAACAGAACUGAGCAUAAUGGAACGAAAGGCACUUUUUGAAAAGAAUAAAGGAGAUGUAAUUUUGCCAAAAGUCCCUUUUGGCACACCAGUACCAGCGAAAAUAUUAGCAUCAUCUGAAUCUGGUCCAAAGCUCACUUCAUCAAAAUUUAAUCAAGUUCAGGCCUCGCAAGCCACCCAAAAUGUAAAAGUUCCGGGAAAGCUUAGCUGGAAUAAAAUAACGCCAUCGCCGACCGAUAGGCCCAGGGACAAGGUAACAGAGUCGAUUUUGGAACGACAACAGGAGAUAGAAGAACUUAAAAACCGUUGGGAGAAGAGGAGAGCUGGAUUGCCCGGCUUAGACCCCUCGACUACCAAAACAAAUGUGGAAGAAAAUAACCAUAUACCCAAACCACCCCCAAUGCCCCCACUGGAGUCCUAUUCUGGUAAAAGGAUUUGGGCCCAUACUGUUUCAAAUGAGGAAGGAAACACACUUUGCAUCCCCAAACCACCUCCUAUGCCUCCUCCUCUUUUUUCCCCUUGCAGCACUUUGAGAUGGGCUUUCUCUCGAAGCAUGAACAUGAAUGAUGAUGAUAGUCCCACAACACCACAUAAGCCUCAGCAGUGUUCUUCACCGAAGAGGAUUCGUAUGGGCACCCUUAGUCCGGUGAGAGGAAUGGUACAGGAUGAAGUUGUUUCUCCAAUCGAGAGAAAAAAGUCGUAUACUCGCAGCCCAAGGAAAUCCGAUGGCUACAUUGGGCUUAAUGAAAUCAAACCUAUUCGAAUUUCACCGCCCAAACCCGGACGUCUUUACCCUAGUGUGUCUGACAUUGAGACUGAGUCUGACGCUUUAGAUUCAGAGCAUGACACUCAGUAUUCAGAACAUAAUACCGACGAGUCAGAUGGAAAUAGUUCAGGAUCAGGAGAGACGAGUAUAUCUCUUGGCCAAGCGAUCAUAGAAGCUUCCAGGAUUUCCAAAACCAGCUUUAAAAGAGCAUCAAAUUUUUCGAACAACAAUUCAAAUACUAUGACAGACUCGCUGUCCGAACAGGAAUCUAAGGUCAUGCAUGAAAUGGAUGAUUUCUUGGACGAGGCUCUCGGUGGUGUUUCACCCCCUAAAAGAUCAAAGGAAAGUUUUAGUUCAGAGACUGAACCAAGUUUAUCAUCACAUCCAUCUAGUUCAACAAUGAGUGACAGUUUCAAAUUUUUUAGCGAAGAAAGCAAUAAGAAACCAAUUACUCUAGUACACACUGUGUCUAUGUAUAGAAAACAAGGGACACUGGCGACACCUGUAAAAAAGGAAAUAAGAGUUCAUGAAAAUGUUAGAGACUGGGACCAACCAAAAGAAGAAAUUCCUGAAGAAAUAAAGGUCAAAGAAAGAGUGAAGGAGUUGGAAAAUGAAAUGGUGAAACAAACUACAAUAAUUUCUCAAGCGUCUCAGGCUUUGAACCUCUGCCAUUCAAGAAUAGAAUUUACUGGUUCUCCUGAACAAGUGGAAGCGGAACGAUUACUCCUUCUUGCAACAUCUAGAAGGGUUGCAGCAAUGCAUGAAAUAGAAAGGUUAAAGGUUGAGAAGAAACUAAAACCUGGACCUCCUCCUCAGGAUCACGAGAGGGGCGAUCUCACAAUUGAACAGUUGACUCUGCCAAUAAAGCCAGUGCCUUGCUCGAUGGAAAAAGUUGACAAUUUCGUCUGUCUGGCGACAUGCGGUGCGACUGUUUUGGCUACUCAGGCAUUACCCGCAAGCAGGCGAGAGAACAGGAUCUUAUUUACAAAACCGUUGAAAUUCGAGAAGUUAUACCCAGAUUUUACCAUUACGCUGGAAGUCUACAGGCUCAGCACCGAGUCCUCAUCAGACUUCAUCCCUCAUGAAGUGAAAUAUGGCAUUGACAGGAAGAAAGAUAAGUUGAGAUUGACGCCGCAAAAGAAGUCGAAUAAGACCCAAAGAGUUGUCGAAAGCCCCGGUGGACCAAAUGCUGUUAGAUCUCCAGCAUUCCAAUUGGUCGGUUUUGCCGUGUUUUCCCUAAGAGAGAUAAACAGGACAAAAUUUUCCUUAAGUAAGGUUCCAUACGGAGCGCCUAUAGAUGGAAGUCUGGAGGUGAAAAUGACAACGCAACUCAAAACCGAUCUUGUCUAUAAAGGGUUCCUAACUCUAUUUGAAGAAAUUUCCGGUUUCGGCGCCUGGAGACGACGAUGGGGUGUGCUUUCUGGCACGAUAAUAUCCUUAUGGGCAUACCCAGAGCAUGAAAAUGAAAAAAUACCAAUUGACACAAUCGAUCUUUCACAAUGUCUGAAACGGGAAGUCGGCCUUGUCAGUCGUGACGUUUGCGCAAGGCCUCACACUUUCGUAUUGGAAAACAUUGGUGGCACAAGACAUUUGGUAUCAGCGGACAGUAUCGAAGACAGGAUUGGUUGGUGCAAAGCGAUCAACAAAUCGUUGUACCUUCUCUCAGCUUGGGGAAAUCAAACCAAGCAUUGAAUUUAAACCUGAUUUAUUUACCAUGUACAUUUACUAUUUUAAUUGUUAUGAUAUAAUAUUAAUAUAUUAAUCCUUUAUAUA